UAUAACUGAAGAAGAGGAAUAAGAAGCGGCAGCACUGCAAAUAAACACAAAGAAGGAAUGACAGAGUAAAGAACAUGUAAUGGUGUGAGGGUGAGAUUCAGCCAGUAGUCUCUUAAAUGUUUAAGAACCGGGAGGCUCCGUGUGUGUGUGAGAUAUGAAGGAGAGUCCUGCAGCUCAGCGGCUCUGUCAGCUGCUCUCUCCUGUUAGCUAGCUGUAGCUCCUAGCUAGCCUGUGUGUCGGCUAACACUCACACAGCCUCACUUUUUCACCACAAAAAGAGGAAACAUUUACCAAUUGAAGACGAUUCUUUAAUUUGGACAAACAGUCUAAAAUCUGAUGUUGAUAACAGGGACUGUUCCUCUCUGCUGCCACGCUGUGUGCUGUGCAGCUCAGUCCGCCCUCCAUGGCUUCAUCAGAGGUCAGCAUGCAGGAAAUGAGCGAAGUUGUGAUCGUCACCAUACCUGAAGCAGUGGGCGAGGACCUCCCCUCUGUGGUGGAGGAGGAUAAAGCUGUGCUGGUGACUGCAGAGCUGACCCCUCAGCCAGGGGAGGGCAUCCUCACGGUAGCACCAGUGGAAGCAGAAGCUGAGACCAGCAGAACAGAUUCACUGACAAGAGAGGAGGCAGUCAUUGUGAAGUUAACUGAGGAGGUGGAUGUGGAAGCCGAUGUCUUCUACCCAAUCACCUGUGGAGAUGCCAAAGCCACGCUGGUGUGGAAGAAGUUUGUCUGCCCGGGAAUCAAUGUGAAAUGUGUGCAGUUCAAUGAGCAGCUCAUCAGCCCCAAGGAGUUCGUGUGUUUAGCGGGGAAAUCCACUCUGAAGGACUGGAAGAGAGCCAUCCGCCUCAACGGCACCAUGCUCAGGAAGAUCAUGGACUCAGGUGAGCUGGACUUCUACCAGCAUGCAAAGGUCUGCUCCAACACAUGCCGCAGCACCAAGAUAGACCUGGUGGGAACCAAAGUGUCCAUCAGCAGCGAUCAUUCUGCUGAACUGGUUCCUGCCACCCCCUCAUCAGCUGACUUGAACGGAGCGGCAGCCUCGUUUCCAGAGGUGUCAGAAGAAACUUCAGAGUGGGUCACAGCCAUCGGAGAGGACUCUGUGGCAUUCUGGCGUGCGGUGAAGGAGGCUGGACUGCUGGAGGAAGUGAUGGAGGAUUUCCAGAAGGAGCUGCAAGAGGUGUUAAAGGGAUUACAGGAGAGAGUCUGUGACCCACCACUGCAGGUCAAAGAUGCUGUUUUGCUCAACAAUAUAGUGCAGAACUUUGGGAUGUUGGACCUGGUGAAGAAGGUUCUGGCCAGUCAUAAGAGCCAGAUGGACCGUUACAGAGAGCAGUACACUCGCAGCCUCGCAGCUCUGGAGCAGCAGUGUGACGAGCACAGGAAGCGAGCCAAGGAGCUGAAGAGCAAAUCCCAGCACCUCAACAAUGUCCUGAUGACCCUCACCCCAGUCCCUGCUCCCCCCACGCCCAAGCGCCCCCGGCUGACCCGUGCCAUCUCUGGCCCCGCCUCAGUGAGCGCCACUUCCACGCAGAUCACUCUGCCUCUGAACCAGCUGAGCGGCCUGCCGCUGGGCAAGGUGCUGACCGUGGCAGGAGCCCCUUCUGCCACAAACCUGGGUGGGUACACCCUCCUGACCUCCUCGCUCUCUGGGUCAGAGCUGGCGGCCGACGCCUCUAACCUGACCGUGCUGUCCACAACGGCAGGUCAGGAGGGCGCGGCUGGCGGCUCCACGGCUUCCACCGCCUUCGUUAAAGUGGUCGGCCCUCAGUUUCAGCUGGUGACGCUGCCGACCGCGCUGCAGAGCCUGGCCACUGCACAAAGUGGCGUCCAACAACAGGUUGGCAGCAUCAGUGUGGUGGAUGCCACGGCAACAGUUGCAGAGGAUUCACAAGAGGAGGGCCAGGCUGAUGGCGAGGAGGAAUGUCAGCCAGAGCAGGUUAAAGAGCAGGACGGCGAGCAGCCGGCAGAGCAGCAGUGAGACGCAGCACAGCUGUUCUGUGUGGUCUCCCAGCUGGUAAUUGCCUUUGUUUCACGAGUGUGGACCCUGGACUGAGAGAUGGCUCAGGGCUCCUACAAGUCAAGCCAAUUUCAUUUAGAAAGCCGAAUAUCACAGAUCACACUUCGCUACAAAGGGGCUGUACAGCAUACAGCAUCCCUCUAUCCUCGGACCCUCCAAGAUGAUAAGGAAAAAUUUCCCAAUAAUGGUCCACAUUUUGACCUUUACUGAUAAUUUCAUGCAGCGUUUUCAUUUGUCCUUAAACAAAACCCAUGAGCCUUCUGUGUAGAUGUCCUUUAACUUUCAAGAUCCAUUUCUAUCAGAGUGGCAUCUGCUGUGAGGAGUGUGUCUGUCAGUAGUGGUGUUCCUGUAAAUAUGUACAAUAUAUUUGAUACCGCUGUUUCUGUAGGGAUUCGUACCAUAUAGGCUGGAAAAAGGCAGUAUUGUUCUGUUUGGUAAUAAAUGCUCAGUUUUCAAGAAAAGCGUGUAUUAUUACAUAAUGUCAUAAUAAAUG